GCAGGAAAUUCUGAGCAGCAGCAGCAGCAGCAGGCAGCAGCCGUCGCGGCCAGGCCAAUAACGAACCAACGCACGCAGCCCUGCCUCUGCGCGCGCGCGCGCUGUCUCCACAAACAGCAGCAGGCAGCAGCCACACCUGACCUGACCUGGUCACCGGAGAGGAGAGCGCGCUCGAUCAUCAAUCACUUCAUCAGAUCAGGGGCAGAGGGCGGCACGUCGGCGGGCGUCGAGCUAGGCUGGCCGCCGCGAGGAUCCCGGCGCCCGUGCGCGCUGUCAUGGCGUGGUGGCGGAAGAAGGUGGUGUCCCCGGCGCGCCGCGCGUGGGCCGCCGUCUCCACCCGCGUCCGCGCGCGCAACGCAGGCAGCAGCGGCAGCAUACUGAAGCUCCACGAGGACGUGCAGACCUGUGGAUACAGGGACGUGCAGGUGAUGUUCGACAUCCUCACCUCGGAGCUGGAGGCGUCAACACAGCGCCCCGCCGUCAAGCACCAACACCAGCAGCAGCAGCGCAAGCGGCGGCCGCCGCCGCCGCCGUGGCCCAGCCACCGCUCAUCCUCCGUGAUCGCGGCCGCGCAGUAGACGACGCGGACGUGGAGCGGGAAGCUGCGCGCGUUAAUUAAUAAGCAAGCAGUAAAGACUGGCACUGGACGCACACGUUUUGGUGCCAUGCAUGCAGGGUGUAGUCGUCCGUCCCCCUGCCCUGCCCGUCUCUCCGGCGACGGAGCCAACAAGUCCAGCAGCGUCAAGGUAGAUCGAGUGUCAUGAGCUGGCUGCUCAUCUGAAUGUGCGCCUGUACAUACUCCAUAGCAGCACCUGUGCUGGAUUUUUUUUUUCUCGAUACUCGGAGAAAUAGAUGGACGGAGCAAGAGGGGCUUGUUUUUUGUUUUCAGGUGUCUUAUGUCUGGUUCUGGUGCCGUUCUGUGCGGUUCAUAAGGCCUUUACCAAUCUC